AUGGGUACGGCGCAUCUCGAUGACCUUGGGGUGCAAGGCAAGAGAUCACUUGUACUGGUUUCAACGAUUUUUCUUCUCGUCUUAUCCAUUACCUCUUUUGUGUUGAGAAUAUUUGCAAAACUUUAUACCGUUGCCAGAAUACAAUACGAAGAUUGGUUUAUGGGUGUUGCGUUACUGUUUAGUCUGGGUACUCCUAUCUGUGAAUUAUAUGGAUUGAGUGUAGGGCUGGGAGAACAUCAAGCGAACGUUUCUGUAGACGAUCAGAAACGUCUAAGUUUUUCAAUAUGGAUGAUUCAAAGACUUCAACCAUUCUGUCUUUUCUGCCUCAAGACUUCUCUGAUCCUUCUCUACGUCCGUUUAUUUCCUACGACAAAAUUCAGAAAAUUUGCUUGGGCUAUCUGGAUCUAUACACUAUUAUGGACGAUUGCAGCUUUGGGAGCAUCAACUUUUGAAUGCACUCCAGUGUCUUAUUUUUGGAACAAAGAUCAAAAAGGCCAUUGCAUCCCAAACGCGUUAAGAACGAUAUCUUUCACGAAUGGUCUUUUGAGUUUUCUCGGGGAUUGUGUGAUUCUCUGUAUGCCAAUACCUAUGAUUUGGAAGUUACACAUGAAUGUGAGAAGAAAGAUCGCGCUUAUAGGUAUCUUUGCAGUUGGCGUUUUUGUUAUCAUAACUAGCAUUAUUCGUCUAAUUGCUCUCUUUGCUAUUGAUACCGAGGACCUCACUUUCUCCCAAGUGGAAGGAGGAGUCUGGACCUACAUGGAAGAAGCAAUCGGCAUCACCUGCGGCAAUCUCGCUCUCCUCCAACCCCUCUUCCGUCGUUUCUUCUCCAACAAAGAUUCUCGCCUCCCAGAUCGACGUUCCAUCCCCCCUUCAUACAGCUUCACCGCCACGAUCAAAUCCGGCUCCAACAACGCCACUUCUGCAAAAACCAUCCUUCCAUCUUCUCGGCUCGCUUCCAAGACAGGCCGCAUAUCGGGAUUAUACACGCGUAUGAGCGAAGAUCUAGGAUCGACAGAUCGGUCCCGCAGGAGAAGUAUUGUGGGAAGCGAUGCGGAAGCGGGGAGUGGGGAUAUAGAAAUGCAGGAUCGGGGAUCCUCGACGAGGAAUUUGGAGGAUGAUAAGAUGAGAGAGGGAAUUGUUAUACUGGUGCAGACGGAUGUGACGGUUGAGAAGGAGAGGAAUAGAGAUGAUGAGGUGUAUAGGUUGAAGAGGGAUUUUAUCGAUCCGUUGAGAGAACUGCCCGCGAAGGCUAGUUGUAAGACGGAUAAUGUGCGGAGUGAAGAGGAAGUUCAGAAUUCGCGGGCGGAUUUUAGGGUGGUGAGGGAGAGGGUGGAUGGUUAUAGUCGGGGGAGAUAG